CCAAAGCGGGAAAAAGAGAGGACCGGUGAUCGCUCACUUAUCUUCACAUGUCGGUGAGCGUACGGACAAAGAGGGUCACCGCCCCUUUCUGCAAGGAGUCGAGAGCGGGCCUCCGCUGCGCCGGUGAAUCCAGCUGCGUCGGCGACUGCGGCGCCUCCACCUGCCUCUCCACUCAAGUCCACGCUUUCCUGGAGACUGCCGGCCGCCGUACCCCCUCCGUCGCCUCCAACGGUGACGGCAGCGAAGGCGAUGCGACGGAUCCAAACGAGAGCCUCGAAGAGGGCGGCGCCUCCGAUGACCGCGAUCGCGCCGCCAUGAAGACCGUUCGCGAUCUGAUGUUCCCGGCCCUUGAUCCGGACCCAUUCCGCAGGCGAUUGGCCACCGACGUGUCUCGUGCGGCGGAGGCGCUGGCUUGGCUGAGAUCCGACGGUGGUGAAUCCGCCUACCGGCAAGCGGUGAUGGCGCGGCUGAGGGCCACGGGAUACAAUGCUGGGAUCUGCAAGGCGCGGUGGGACGCCUCCGGCGGACUCGCAGCCGGCAGCUACGAGUUCAUCGACGUGGUGGAGGCGGCGGAGAGAGCAGGGCAAGGGAAGGGAAGGAGGCACAUCGUGGACUUGGACUUCGCGGCAGAGUUCGAGGUGGCGAGAGCGACUGAGGGAUACAAGGCGGUGGUGGCGGCGCUGCCGCGGGUAGCGGUGGCGGGCGAGGAGUCGGUCCGCCGAGUGGUACGCGAAGUGGCGGACGCCGCCCGGAGGUCACUGCGGACGCAGGGGCUCCACGUUCCUCCAUGGCGGAAGAGCCGAUACAUGCUCGCCAAGUGGCUCGGGCCCCAACGGCGGACGACGAGCACGAUCCCCCUGGCCGCGCUACGAGGUGAAUCCAAGUGCAGGGAAUACAAUAGGUUCCAAGCAGCACCGGCCCCCCGCGGCGGCGAUGCCCACUACCGCGCCGUAGGCUUCUCGGCGGCGCCGCUGCCCACCGCCCGUACCCGCUAACAACGACGGACGC